UCCUUCUCACAACCCAGAAAUCUCACAUCAUAUUUCUUCACCUUCUUCCUCGAUACGAAUGGGCGUCACUCCCACUUAAUCCCCUAUACCCAUUUCUCAUAAUUGAACCAAACCCAUUUCAAUCCACCCCCAUCUCUCCUCAAAGCUCCAAUCUUUUACCCCUUUUGAUACCUUAACCCAGUGAUCCCACCAAAGAAACGCACUUUCGCUUCGGUGGGUUCAUAUAUAUACAUAUCUACCUGUCCAUUACUCACUACUACCUCAUCUCUCAAAACUUCAGAUCGGAGGAGCAGCAGGAGCUUACGGAGGAGCAAUGGAACCCCAAGAGCAGCAGCAGCACCACCCCGAAACCCUACCGCCCUCCUCCACCAUGCCGCCCCCAACCUGCUGCAAAUGCGGCGGCCCCACCGCCCUAGCCGCCCCUCCCCCAAACUACCGCCCCAUCCGCGCCCCCGCCAUCAACACCCCCCCAAACAAUAACUCCCAACAAGCCAUCAUCCUCGCCCCGGUCCCACAACCCAAACCGGUCCCACCCAUCUCUCCCCCCUUCCACUUCCAACCCCCCUCCAAACAAAUCCAAUCCCCCGACGACAUCCGCCGCUUCCACGACUCCCCCUCCGGCCAGCACUUCCUCGGCUUCGUCGUCGCCCUCUCCCAAUCCAUCCGCUCCAAGAAAAUCUCCGACCCCUGCCACGUGUCCCCUGUUACAUCCACCCUCGUCUCGAUCCUCGACACCCUCCUCUGCUGGGUGGGCGAGAUCCCGCCGACCCAGCAGGCCGCGCGGUACGGCAACGUGUCCUACCGCGUCUGGCACGACCGCGUGGUCCAAAACGCCCCUCACCUGAUGCUCAAAUUCCUCCCUCCCCAUCUCGAGCCUUCCACGGUCGAGAUCGUCCCUUACUUCACCGACGCCUUCGGAAACCCUAGCCGGAUCGACUACGGCACCGGCCACGAGACCAAUUUCGCGGCGUGGCUCUACUGCCUGGCCAGAAUGGAGGUCAUCAAAGAAGAGGACUACCCCGCCGUGGUGGCUAGAGUGUUCGUCAAGUACCUGGAGCUCAUGAGGAAGCUUCAGCUGGUCUAUUGCCUUGAGCCGGCGGGGUCUCACGGCGUUUGGGGCCUUGAUGACUACCAUUUCCUGCCCUUCAUUUUUGGCUCGUCGCAGCUGAUUGAUCACAAGUACAUGAAGCCGAAGUCGAUUCACAAUGACGAUAUAUUGGAGAAUUUUUCAGAGGAGUAUAUGUAUCUUUCCGGGGUGGCGUUUGUGAAGAAGGUGAAGAAGGGGCCUUUUUCGGAGCAUUCACCGUUGUUGGAUGAUGUUAGUGGUGUGCCGAAUUGGAACAAGGUGAAUAGUGGGAUGCUGAAGAUGUAUAAGGUUGAGGUCUUGGAGAAGGUGCCGAUUAUGCAGCAUUUCCUGUUUGGCUGGCUCAUCAAAUGGCACUAUUCUAGCUUGGAAGUUGCUUUAGAAUAUUUUAGAUGUGGGGCUGAUAAGAUCUCUAUUGGAAGUGAUGCUGUUUAUGCUGCAGAAGAAUAUUUAAGAACUGGAGUGAAAAGUGGAAAAAGUAGCUUAGAGCAGAUAUCUAGAGUUUACGGUAAUCAGGCUGUGGUUGUAAGCAUUGAUCCUCGCAGAGUGUACGUCAAAAAUCAAAAUGAUGUAAAAUUUAAAACUAUAAGAGUAACAAACCCAGGUCCAAAUGGCGAAGAAUAUGCUUGGUAUCAGUGUACAAUUUUUGUCCUUAAGGUUAGUGGUGGGUGGGAAGGCAGACCAAUUGGAGCUUACGAGCUUGCAAAAGCAGUUGAGGAGCUUGGAGCUGGAGAAAUUCUGCUAAACUGCAUCGAUUGUGAUGGUCAAGGGAAGGGAUUUGAUAUAGAUUUACUAAAGCUGAUCUCUGAUGCUGUCACCAUUCCCGUGAUUGCAAGUAGUGGUGCCGGUUCUGUUUAACACUUCUCAGAGGUUUUCAGGAAAACAAAUGCAUCUGCUGCCCUUGCUGCUGGCAUUUUCCAUCGCUAAGAGGUGCCAAUUCAUUCUGUAAAGGAGCACUUGCUAAAGGAAGGCAUAGAAGUAAGAAUCUGAACAACUUAUAAUACGUAGUCUUGAACUAAGAAUCAAGACUAAGGAUCUGAAAACGGAAAAGAUGCAAAGAUAUUAAACCUGUCACUGGUGAGAGAGAAAUUGACCAAAACAUGGCAUUAUCAGAUCAAUUUUGUUGUAGGCUUUGAUUCUUAAUAACCUUUAAAAUAUUUUAUUAUAGUAACUGCAGUUUAUUGCCUGAGACGAAUUUUUUUUUUCUAAUAUCGUUCUUUCCUGUAUGAUUCCGGUAAAUGAUUUUGUAAAAUAAAUUAUUAGAAGUUUUUAUGUUAGCUAGUAGUUCUUUAUCAA